AUGGCGUCGACGAUGGCGUUCCGGUGUGUCGUUUCGACCGCGCUCCGCGACGACGGGCGCGAUUCUACGCGCUCGGCGCGGCGCGGUGGGGUCGUUCGCGCCGGGAUGUUUGAUUUUCUCCAGAACAACAAAGACGUAGGCGGUCGCGACACGACGUUCGAGGCGCAGCAAGAGAUCCUGCGUAAGCGACGAUCGGGGGCGAACCUUGGGAAGGAAGUUGCGGCGAGACGCGCGAAGGUCUCGAGGUUCGUGAACAAGAAGCUCCCGGAACAGGAGAUGAGGAUGAUCGAGAAGAAGAACAGAGAUAAGGCGAACGCGCUGUCCAAGGAAGCCAUAAAAGGUGGCAUACCUCUUCCCAUGGCCUCGUUCGGUAUGCCAGAGUUCGACGGUGGAGAACGAUUUGACUUGAGGGGGAAGUACGUGGACGAGGGAUGGGUCGACGAGAGCGACUCGGGUCCGUUCGGCGGCCUCUUCGGCGGAAAGAAAAAGGCGCCACCCGCAAAGGGCAAGAAGGCACCACCACCGAAGAAAAAGGGUUGGUUCGGUAAGUGA